CAUCGAGCUGGUGUCAAAGUCGAUAAACCGUGUAAGUCUUUACAUAUUACGCUGGCAGCAAAGCCGUUGGGUGAGGACACCGUGGAAGACCGGGUAAUAAAUAUAUACAUGAUUACCUCCGGAGGUUCCCGGAAUAGCAGUUGCUUCCUGACUGUUUACAUAUAGAGCCCCGAAAAUGAACCUAUUUGUUGGCCUGAAGCUUUUCGACCUACGGUCAGCCCUCCUCGGAGCCGUCGUGUUCCUGAUUUUGUUCCGGUACCUUCGCCGCAGACGGUGGAACCUACCUCCCGGCCCCACUGGGUGGCCUGGGAUCGGUUAUGUACCCCAUCUUGCCUUAACGGGAGAAGAACCGCACGUAGCGUUCUCCAAGUUGGUUCCGAAAUAUGGUAACAUCAUUAGUGUGAACUUGGCGGGGCAUUUGGUCGUGGUCUUGCACGGCUUUACCACCAUCAGAGAGGCCUUCAAUCAACAGCAGUUCAGCGCUAGACCGAGGAUGUACACCAGCGAGAAGGUUCGACCCGGCGUGGGGGUUAUCACAUCCUCUGGUGACGUUUGGACAGAGAUACGGAGAUUCUCCCUGACUGUCCUAAGAGGACUGGGAGUGGGCAAAUCCAGCUUCGAGGAUAACAUCGCCGCAGAGGCAGAAUUCUUGAUGGAGGACUGGACGAAGUACGAGGGAGCAGCCUUCGACCCAAGGCACUCAAUAGCCAACGCCGUCUCCAACGUGAUCUGCUCCGUCGUCUUCGGGAGGAGGUUCCAGUACAACGAUGCAGUUUUCAGGCGAAUGCUGGAGUGUAACGACGACAUCGUGGAGAGAGCGGGCAGCGGGGGAGCCAUCGAGUUCUCCUCGCUACUGGCCCGACUGACCUUCUUGCCCUUCAUCAGGGACUACAUUGCUACCGUCCGGCAGUCCUACAACCAGAUCCGGUCCAUGGUCGUGCGGCACAACCAGGACUACGACGCGGACAACCCGCGCGACUUCAUCGACGCCUACCUCCAGCACCAGCAAGCUAAGGAGCGGCAGGGGUGCGAGGCGUCGGUGUUCGACAUGGACAACCUGACCAACUUGGUGAGCGACCUGUUCUUUGCCGGCAGCGAGACCACCACCACCACUCUCCGCUGGAUGCUGCUGUACAUGAUGAUCUAUCCUGAGGUGCAGGCGAGGGUGCACAAAGAACUAGAUGCCGUCACCGGACGCAAUCGGUUCCCUAGGCUUGGGGACAAGCCGGAUCUACCCUACACGGAGGCGGUGAUCUGUGAGCUGCAGAGGAUAACCACCAUUGCCCCACUCGCAGUUCCCCAUGCCUGUCUGGAAGACACCAAGCUACUUGGGUACGAUAUUCCCAAGGGCACUAUUCUCGUCUCCAACCUGUGGCACGACCACUUCGACCCCACCGUCUGGGAGGAGCCGAACGUCUUCCGGCCGGAGCGGUUCCUGGACCGGGAUGGUAAAGUAGUCCGACGCGAGGAGAUCAACCCUUUCGGAAUAGGACGCCGCAUCUGCCUCGGGGAGCACUUGGCAAGGAUGGAGCUCUUUAUCUUCAUCACCUUCCUCCUGCAUCAGUUCACCUUCAAGAAGCCUCAAGACGCUCCCCCGCUGACGCUCAGAGGCAUCAACUUUGGCACCUGGUCCCCAGUCGAAUUUAAAGUGUGUGCUAUCCCUAGAGUGUAAACCUCUUAGUUUACUUGAGCAAGCACGGUGUAUAUAACCAAAGUACAUGUAGUGGAAAGUUAUCUGCUGCAAUCACCAAACUUUACGUCUAACAUGAUGAAUAACUGAUAUUUUGUACUGACUCGCUGCCGUCAAAGGCUAUCUCGAACCCACCAUUUCAGCAAAAUGCAAACAGCGUGACCCAUUUUAUAAAUUCUUCGUUUAAAGAUGGCAGACUGGAUAUUUUUUUACAAACAACGCAUGUUGAAAUUCUCUUCCUUAUAGCAUGCAUAGAGAUGUCGUAUGCAUCCACACUGAUCCUUACAGACAUUUUCCAGUGCAGAUUAGAGAUAUCUUUGCAUGGUGCUACUGCAAGCUGUUUUGCCUAUAAAACUCUAUAAUUAUUGUCUAUCCAACAUAAUCUUGUCAUUGCACAUGAAUUGAAAACAACAUUAAUCUCAGAGCUUAUGUAUAAGCACCCAGCAAUAGGCAAGCAAUCAACCCUUAAUCAAAAGUGUUUCAUCUCAGAAAUUAUGGCUCAUGCGCUCACAAUUUGAAGUGAAAAAUCUCGGCACUGAACCAUGUCUGUUUCUGAUUGAACGGCUAUUGCAGUUAUACUUAUAGGUUUGUUCCAGGACUUGGCAGCAAUAGAUCAGACUAACAGUGUCUCUACACAGCAGCAUGCCUGUUUCAAAGGGGAUGACUGAAUAUCUCCGAACGAGUUCGUCUUUUUGUAAGAGAAUGGCGAAUCAGGCGAUCUUUGCUCCUCAAUCGGAUCACCAAUAACUAUAAGCAUUCCCAGUGACCCCCCCCCCUUCGAUAUCAAACAGAAUGCGGGAAAAUGUCGAAAGAGUGAUUCAUGCGCUAUUUGCCGAAUUUAAUAACUUUAUCAACGUGAUUACAUGAAUACAAUGUGAUUCAUUUCUACAUAUCCAUCCAUUUUAGUUUUAUUUCAUCUUUUUUCAUUUUGAGAUAUUUAUUCUAAUGGUAACGUAUAUUUUUUUUAUUUUUAUCCUUUUUCUUUGUGUAUUUAUUUUAAAAUUCACAUGUAGCGACUUUACUUUCGGUUAAAUCUCAGUUUUAUCUCUUUCUCUGUUAUUACACAACUUUUAAAACCAACUUCAGCAAUCACAAUUCAUGAACAAUUUUGCAAAACAGAUAAAUCGUUUAGAAACUUACGAACGAUACUUCCCUGAUGAAUGAAGUGAUAUUCCAAAUGCAUGUAUUUUCCAAACGGAAGAAUUUUUCUUUGGUGACUGGUGGAUUUCAAAGAGUAAGCAUGUACUUUCAAGGUUGUAAACGUAAUCCUCAUUUGAAGAGACAGUAAACUGUAGUUCUCAAAUCAGUCACUCGGGAAACUUGCUUGGUGGUGGUGUAAAAGGUCCCCAGCUCCGUACAGUCAUAUCAAUAUCCUUUGCUAACUUAAAUUUAGCGUAUAUCUGCAACUAACAUAUAGAUAUAAAUCCAUGGACCGUGCCAUACA